CAUACCCGAUCAUUAUCACGGUCACAAAGUUUAAUACGUUUACUACGUUAUUAUAUUAAUAUAAAAUAAAUAAAUAAAUAUGUUAAUAUAAAAUAGUUAAUUAAUAUUACAUUAUAAGAUUACAUAAUUUCAAUAAUAUUGUAUUGUUUCACUACAGUACUACACUCAGUAUAAAUUUAUAAUACGAUUGUUUAUAGGUCUAUGGUAAGAACGCGUCCGUCGCUGCGCAUCGGUUCCCCUUCCAUACCGAUCGGAAACCGGCCGGCAACGAUCGCCGACAGCCGUCGUUGACAAUGUUGACAUUCGUGCAUCGUGCGUACGUAGCGACUGCAGCAAACGCGCUUUGCGUAAUACUAUUAUGUUCAAUUAUAUGUUUAUAACGUAAUUUUUUUUAAUUCAUUAUGGAUAAUCAAGUUACACCCCCAAAACGAAAUCGUAGUGGAAAGGUUGUUCAUACCGACCAGAAACAAAUUAUUAUAAAUCUAUACAAGGAUAUCCUCAUCACAGAACCCGAAAUAAUGUAUGACAAUUUAAUGACAAGGGUGUCUGUAGCAUGUGGCAUUGGAAUACUAACAGUCAAAAACACAAUCAGUGAAUACAAGCGUACGGGCAAAGUAUCCUCUCCAAUGAACAAGAAGAAAAGACCUACUAUAAUAGAUAAAGUGGACGAUUUUGACAAAAAUGCAAUUCGUCAAAAAAUCCAUGCAUUUUGGUUUAGACGAGAAAUUCCGACAUUAACAAAAAUGAUACGAGUAGUAAACGAUGAUCCUGAUCUUCCAAAUCUAACACGUACGUCAUUCCAAAGAUUGUUAAAAAGCAUGCAAUUUGAGUACACAAAAAGGGACAGGAACAGUGCUCUUACCGAAAGAGAGGAUCUUGUUACUUGGCGGCGCAAUUAUAUUUCUGAUAUUCGACGUUAUCGACAGGAAGGCCGAACAAUUUAUUUUUUGGGUGAAACGUGGGUCAAUACUGGAGAUAGUUCGUCAAGAGUAUGGGUCGACCAAGGCUUAACUACAGGGUCACAUAAUCCAACAGGAAAAGGCAAACGAAUCAUUGUUGUUCACAUCGGGUCGGCUGAGGGUUUCAUCGCAGGUGGUCUUUUGUGUUUCGAAUCAAAAAAAAACACAUCUGACUAUCACGACGAAAUGAACGGCGAUAUAUUUUUCGACUGGUUCUGUGGCGUUUUACCUUUAUUGAAAGAUAACUCGGUAAUAGUUAUGGAUAAUGCACCGUACCAUUCGGUUCAAACAGAACAAUCACCUACCUCUUCUUGGAAAAAGGCUUCCAUGAUUGAAUGGCUUAAAUCCAAAGGCGUAAAGACCAACCCAUCAAUGAUAAAAUUUGAUUUGUUAAAACUAGUUCGAAAGAUAAAACACAAAUAUAAUUUGUACGUAGUUGAUGAAAAGGCCAAAAAACAAAACAAAAUUGUACUACGUUUACCUCCAUACCACUGCGAACUCAAUCCCAUUGAGUUGGCAUGGUCGGUAGUAAAAAGAUAUGUUAAGGCAAAUAACACAACAUUUAAGAUAAAUGACGUUGGGCAAUUAUUAAACGAUGGUAUACAAAAAGUGACACCUGAAAUGUGGUCCAAUUUUGUUUCACACACUAUAAAAGAAGAGGACAAAUGUUGGCAAGUAGACUAUAUUUCUGAUGAGAUGUUGGACGAAGAACCGACAUCGCACGUAUUAACGAUUACAGGAUUGAUGACUUCGGAUUCAGAAAACAGCGAUUGACGAUUUUUUUAAAAAUAUUAUAAUAUCUUUGUAAAUAAUCAUGUUCAAUUUGAUAAUUUUAGUUAUACUAAAAGCUAAUAAAAAACAAAACAAAAAAAUUGUUGUUAAUUUAUUAUUACUAUGAUUAUUAUUUGUAUUGUUAAUUUGUAUAAAUAUAAAUACUUAAUAUAUACAUAUAAGUAUG